AUGUCUGUGACCGAAUCUGUGUACUUUCGAAGGAUACUUUUCUGUGGUGCACUAAUAGUCAUAAUAUGGAUAACCUGUUUCCUACCGCGAAGGAAAUGGCUUUUUGGAAUGUACAACCUUGCGGUUAUCUUCCUUGGGGGAAACAUCCACUGGAAUGGAGUUAAAUGGAAGCAGCAUGUUCCUAUGAAGGGUUCGUUUGGUUCCCUUCUUGGACUCAAGAGCAACCUUAUAAACUGGAAUAUCACUAUUUGGUUCGACCCAGCAGUGCUCCCGGACAUAAAAGAAAUAUAUAAGUCUGAUGUGCCCUCGGCCAUACCAAUACAAGCUUCUAAUCUAAGCGAUUCGGAUGUAACUUCCAUAAUAAAAUUUAUUCCAAAAGUGAAUAUGUCGGUGUAUACGUUGUAUGGAAUUAACACGUAUAUGGAAUUCAAAGAUUACAAGGACUUCCAUUCGUUAGUAAACAUUUCAAAUUCAGUAAUAACCGUCAGAAGCAGCAACGUCAGCAUUGGAGAUGACAUAAUAGUCGAUAUUGUGUUGUACAACGGCAGAGGAGAGAGGUCUAAAAUGGGAGGUGAUAUACUCCGGGUGUGGCUUCGAGAACCUUCAGUUAAGGCAUCGGUUUCCGGUCAUGUGACUGACCAUGGUGACGGAUCAUACACAGGGGUUGUUAAAGCUAUGUGGGCUGGAAAACCAGAAGUGAUGUUUUCUAUCGCAAAUACAAAGGAACACGUUGGAAUUUUCAUGAAUAUUGUGCAUAAAUAUGGUUUAAUUAUGUUCCUUAAAGCAGGAUUUCGGAAAGGUAAUAGGACGGAGACAACUUUAUGUAGCGUUUUACCAAAUAUUCCUCACGUGACAGAAUACUGUAACUUUACGGCCCAGAUUUACAAUAUGUCUUUUUUCUGUGGAAAACCUUUCACUAUGAGCUGUGAAGAUUGGAUUGUAUAUGAACGAGCACCUCAGUACCCAUGCAGCGAAAAACACAAGUCAUUAUUUUCGAAAUACAAGUAUUUCAAGAAAAGAGUAUCAAGAGUAACUGUCCUAAGUAAUUCUGGUGCUUGGCAAGAACCAAUGGUUUCAUGCAGUGAUAUUAAGAGUGAAGUCACGUGGCAGAUCAGCACCCCGGCCGGGUACUUUUAUAAUGGUAAAUGGCGAUCGUUGCUAUGCAAGACUUUGAUGCCAUGGAAAAGAGAAUCAUAUGCUAAGUGCUUGAAGGAUCGCCCAUUACUAAUGAUAGGAGACUCUACUAUAAGAAAUUGGUUUCAACGUAUAGCAGUGCUACUGAAGUUAACCAUCUUAGUUGGUAAAAAGGAAGUGACGGAUAAAGCAUGGCAAAAAUUUUCCGAGGCUGGAAACAGAAUUAAAUCACUUGGAUUGUAUUGGGCCCCUCACGGAAUUCCGUUCUUCAGCUAUGAACAAAACAAGAACAAUCUGCGAUCUGCUGCCUCUAGAAUAGACGAUUUGCCAGGAAAUAAAAGCGUUAUUCUUGUGUUACAUUGGUUUAGUCACGUGGCAAGAACAAACCCGCAAAAUUACAGGGAACUUCUCCGGAGUGCUAAACAGGCUAUAAUUCGGCUUUUGAAACGUUCCCCUAAUUCAAGUGUUCUCAUCAAAGGUCCCCAUGCUUUCACAUAUUUCAUGUUUUUGGGACCGAUAGAUUACCUUGGAAUGCUUUAUAAACAGAUAUUGUACGAGGAAUUUAAAGAUUUACAAGGAAAAGUGUAUUAUAUUGAUCAGUGGGACGCAACUAUAGGAAAUGAAAACAUAAACAACCAUCCCGAAUACCCAUCAUAUAAUCCUAUGAUGAUCAAUUUACUAUUUUCGUUCAUCUGUGAAUAA